GGCGAACUACCACCAUUAUCACAGACGUUCGUCUAAGAGGCCGCCCCAUUAUAACGACUCAAGAUUUCUCCAGCUUUUCGUCAGCCGUGAAUUCCCCAGCUCAUAAGAUCUGGAUUCAACAUACCAACACUGCGCCUCAUAACACUGAAGAACCACCUACCCAGUCCACGCUUACACGGCCUCACUCACACUGUUAAACAAACCCAAUACCCAAGAACGCGAAAGCCUUGCGUGCAAGAAUCAAUCCCACACCUAUACAAAACUUUUAGGUGGACGGACCUCAGGGCAGAUCCGCCACCAUCCAGCAAGCCAUGGCAGCCUCCGACGAUGAAGACGACUACAUGAACAUGACCUUUGACGAACCAGCCGCAUCUGCCAAAGCAAAAUCUCAACCAGAAACCUCAUUGCAGCGCCGUCAGCGCCUCAAACGCGAAGGCGAGAUCCGCGGCCGGCCCAAGUCCAAAGAGGAGCUCGCGGCCGAGGAGGAAGCGGCGCGCGAAAAGGCGCUCUCGCGGUCCCUCCUCGAGACGGCGGCCGCCAAGAAGAGCAAGGGGUUCGCGAUGAUGGCCAAGAUGGGCUUCAAGGCGGGCAGCGCGCUGGGUGCAGGUGCCGGGGCGACAGGCGGCUCUGGUGCCGGCAACGAUGCCAGGACGGAGCCGAUUGCCGUCGAGGUUAAGGCGGACCGGGGCGGUAUCGGGAUGGAGAGCGAGAGGAAGCGCAAGUUGAGGGAGGCGGCGGAGAGGAUCGAGGAGGAGGUGAGGGAGGGGAAGAGGGUAAGGGUCGAUCCGUUGGAGUAUCGGGACCGGGUGAGGAUGGAGAGGGAGGCGGCGAGGGUGCAGGCGCAGGUGUUUGCGGCGCAGCGGGUUUCGGAGAGGAUGGCGGAAGAGAAGGAGAGCGAGGAGGCUGAGGUACUGGGCGUCGACGGGAAAGCAGACGACGCGGGCACUGGCGACGAUGACGACAAGAAGGAGAACACGAAGAAGAAACGAGCGUCUGGCGCGACGUCGAGACCGCUCAAGUCGAUCAACGUCCUCUGGAGGGGUCUCGCCCGCCACCGCGAGGAAAAGGAGCGGGACCGCAGGAUGAGGUAUGAUCUGGAGCAGAGCCUGUCGCGGCUGCCGACGUACGAGGACGACGAUGAGGACGCCGACGACCGCACGGCGCUGGGCAAGAAGCAGGUUGUCUACGUCACCGCGGAGGACCUGGACGAGGAGGAUCCCGAGCUUGACGAGUUCAACGGGCUGGAAGACGCCGAGAAGCUGCGGCGCCUGGUGGAGUAUCUGAGGAGGGAGCAUCGGUACUGUUUUUGGUGCAAGUACACGUAUCCGGACGAUGAAUUGGAGGGAUGUCCUGGUGUCACGGAAGAAGAUCACGACUAA